AUGUCCUCUAGGAGAGUUAAGCACCUUAGGAAUGAGCUAGAGUUGUCUAGGUCUCAGAUACUUGCCUUUUUUAGCAGUUCUGAAAAGCUAGAAAAUAUUCUAGGAAUAGGCAAGUCGACUGGUGAUAAGGGAGGUCUAGGUUUUGAUAGUAAUGCUGCUAGUACUUCACAGACCACUUUUGUUUGUGCUACUGACCAACCUAACAUUGUGACUAACUCCAUAUCUAAUGUUGUAGGAUCUUUUGAACAUUUCAGGAAACAAGUACAAGGAAUACAAGAUUCAGUGAUUGGGUUUACUGGAAUGCCAAAUGGGGAGUUUGUUAGGUCUGAAAGUGUGAUUGGGAAUUCUGUAAACAAAACGGACGGACUCUUUCAUUGGGGAUUGAGAGAGGUGGAUGUCAAACGCAGUGAAUCGGACAAGAACAGGCGGUUCUUGGAAUUUCACUUGGUGAUACAAUCAGCUAAGGAUCAGGAGGCUAUAGUGAACAGCAAAUUGGGCUACAGGAGUGAGGAUUUUCAAUAUUGGCAGUCUUCUUUGCAGGACUCUGACAGGAUUACGUUUCGCCCUGCUCCAUCCGAUCGUCCUGCUACUUCUUCAGAGGAAGACUUGAAGUUCCUGAAAGAACUGAUAUUUGAGUACUCCACAAAAGCGUGUGUCUUCUUGACGGGUUUGCGUGGAAACUCUAGAGAUGACAACGGGUUGUGUCGGGUGUUGCCCCCAUCUCGCCGAUACAAUGGCACCAACUUGGAGAGUGCAUUAUAUGACGGACCAGGAAAAAGGGAAAAGCUACUGAUGAAUAGGGAUGGCAAAAGGGGGGGGGCGGGUUCGGGGAGGGGCAAGGUAGGGCGCCCUACCCUGCCCUGCCUUGCCCCACCAACCCGUUCGGGGUGGAGCGGGUUUUUUUUUACUAUCACUAUUGAUGAACCAUCAAACUAUCGCGUUCGCAUUGAUGAUAGUGGGAUUCAUCGUUUCUACAAUACAGAGCACAAGAAUCAGUACAACACCACCCUCGCCAAGUUUGGAGUAAAAAUAUCGAGAUACUAUCGCGUUGGCAUUGAUGAUAGUGGGAUUCAUCGUUUCUACAAUACAGAGCACAAGAAUCAGUACAACACCACCCUCGCCAAGUUUGGAUACAAUGGCACCAACUUGGAGAGUGCAUUAUAUGACGGACCAGGAAAAAGGGAAAAGCUACUGAUGAAUAGGGAUGGCAAAAGGGGGGGGGCGGGUUCGGGGAGGGGCAAGGUAGGGCGCCCUACCCUGCCCUGCCUUGCCCCACCAACCCGUUCGGGGUGGAGCGGGUUUUUUUUUACUAUCACUAUUGAUGAACCAUCAGACUAUCGCGUUGGCAUUGAUGAUAGUGGGAUUCAUCGUUUCUACAAUACAGAGCACAAGAAUCAGUACAACACCACCCUCGCCAAUUCCAGCAUGAAUUACUCAAGCUGGUUAUUCAUAAUAAUAACAGGACUUUGGUGCUCAAUACUUCUCUAUUCUUACCUCCCCGAUACCUGUCUCUUAGAUUUUAUUCCGGAGAAGCGUAGUGAAUGGCUGUCUGGACCGAAUUUGUUUUAUGGAACCGAAUUUGCUGAUGCAUCAAACACCGUUGAUAUCGCUGACCCAAAGUUUAUUGAGAACAAGGAGGUGGAGUUGGGCUACAGUAAAUACAUUGUCUCUGGGCAAGUGAAGUUUUCUGCUCAAAAUGGGAAAGCUGAAUUUUUAUGGUUAAACUGUAGGCUUGAGUUGAUACAUGCCAAGAAAGCUUUAGAAGAUCUUGAAUCAUAUGCCUCAGAAGAGAGAUUGGGUGACAGCAAGAAACUUCCAAAGGAUAGAUUAUCAGGCAAAGCAGAUAUACAUAAAGCUGCCAAUUGCUUGCACCCUCAGGUUAAGAAAAUCCUUCUAGAUUGUUUAAGGGAAAGAAAUCUCAUGCUUCCUGUUUGUGGGGAAGAGAAAGGCUUUAAAAGUUGGUACACUAGGUAUUUGGGGUUUUUAUUUGCCAAUCCUGAUUCUUCUAGUCGACGUGAACUAAUUCAGAGAAUUGGAGAAGCACCAUCACCAGCCCCUACAGUUUCACCACCUAGUCAAGCUACAUUGAUUCCAGCUGCUUCUAAUGCUCCAUUUCCUACUAAUCCCCCAUGGCUUCCAUUUUUCCUUCCUGACUUGAAUGAUUCAAGCUUACAGAUUAAAACUAGCACACAUUCGUCUAGAAGUAAAAAAUCUGCUUCAAAAAAGCAGUCGAGCAAGAAAGAGAGCAACAAGAGAACUGUUAUUGCCGCUGUUGCAAUUGCUGCAGUGUCACUUGUUGCUGCACUGUCAUGUUUCUGCUGUUGCAGGUGUUGCAGGACUGGCAAUCGACGAGGAAGAAACGAUGAGAAGCCACUUCUCUGCUUAAGCUUAAGUGACUAUUCUAUUGCCUCGUCACGGAAGUCAUUUGAUCUAGCUACUUUAAUGAAAGAAGACCAGCAAGGUAAUCAGUUAUUUCAUGGUUCACUGAACCGGAGUAAGAGUAAUGGCAAGUUUUAUGCGGAUUCAGAGAUUAAGAUAUCAGUUGGUACCACUGCUGGAUCUGGCAUCAACUCAAGGAAAGAUUUCGUGCAAAUGCCGUCUGGAAUGUUAGGUAAACCUGGUUGUCCUCCUCUCAAGCCACCCCCUGGAAGGACAAAUCCUCCAAAACCACCUCUAGGCAACACAGCACCUCCCCCACCCCCACCAGCACCACCUAUAAAUCCUACGGUUAAUGGUAAUCUUCCACCUCCUGGAGCACCUCUUCCACCUCCUAUAACCUCUGGCACGAAAACUGGUCCUCGUCCGCCACCACCUCCAGGCAGUGUCCCUCCACCUCGGCCACCUCCCGUAGGCUUGAAACCACCUCGACGUUCACCUCUUGGACCAAAUCAUGAGUCUACUUCUACCUCAAGUGACUGGGGAUAUGGCGCUGCUUCCAAGACCAAGCUGAAGCCAUUUUUCUGGGACAAGGUAUCGGCCAACCCUGAUAAUGCAAUGGUUUGGGAUCAGAUCAGAGCUGGGUCAUUCCAGUUUAAUGAGGAGAUGAUAGAGAAUCUAUUUGGAUAUGAUCCCGCUGCGAAAAAUGAAAGUAAGGGCAAGAAAGGGUCUUCAUUUCAAGAUUCUCUUCCUCAACACAUUCAAAUAAUUGAUCAAAAGAAGUCACAGAAUCUCUCCAUUUUUCUCAAAGCUUUAAAUGUGACCACGGAAGAAAUUUCUGAUGCACUUCAAGAAGGUAAUGAACUUCCCACAGAACUUAUUCAAAAUUUAUUAAAGAUGGCACCAACAUCAGAAGAAGAACUAAAGCUGAGACUAUACAGCGGCGAGCUUUCUCACCUUGGACCUGCAGACCGCUUCCUUAAAGUCUUGGUCGAAAUUCCAUUUGCCUUUAGGAGGCUAGAAACAUUGCUUUUAAUGUGCACUCUUCAAGAGGAGACAUCAACAAUAAAAGAGUCCUUCCAGGUAUUAGAGGUUGCUUGCACAGAACUGCGGAAAAGCAGGCUGUUUCUCAAACUCCUCGAGGCUGUCCUGAAAACGGGAAACCGCAUGAAUGAUGGAACAUAUCGCGGUGGUGCACAAGCAUUUAAGCUCGAUACACUUCUGAAGUUGGCUGAUGUGAAAGGAAAAGAUGGGAAAACAACACUUCUGCACUUUGUUGUUCAGGAGAUAAUUCGUUCAGAAGGUAUACGAGCUGCUAGAGCAGCUCAGCCACCGGUAUGUCUAGUUUAUAUAACAUUGGUAAAGAGAGGUCACCAAAUACAGCACGAUACGAAUACCAGAGCUUCGAAUAACAAGAUGGACAUGCCAAGAGAUGCAAGUAUAUAA